GCCACUUUACGUCGCUAGGCGCCUACGAUCGUGGCGCGAUGAUGAAUUCUGGAGAAACAGUGGACGACGGUGGUGGCCUGACACUAUCCUCCAUGGUGAAAGAAAUUCAAGGUCUCAAGGACAAGUUCAAGCGUGAAGACGCGGAUUCACCUUCACCUUUCGCGGAUUUAGAAAAAGCCACUGUACUUCAAGAAUGUCGUGUGUUCUCGGACUCUAAAGUAGUAACCGACUCACCGCGGAAAUGCUCCCAGCUCAUCACCAAAUUGCUGCAUAUUGUGACCCAGGGUGACGCCAUGUCUUCAUCCGAAGUUACAGAGGUCUUCUUUGGUGUUACAAAGCUCUUCCAGUCUAGUGAUGCAUCCUUGCGAAGAAUGGUCUAUUUUUUUAUCAAGGAGGUCGCUGAAACGUGUAAUCCUGAUGAUGUUAUCAUCGUGACUUCUUCGUUGACCAAAGACAUGAAUUCCAAAGAGGAUUUAUUCCGUGCGAAUUCAAUUCGUGUCCUUGCCAAAAUGUGCGUGAUCGAAAUUUUGCUUCGAUGCUUUGAUUUUAUCAAGGUUUGUACCAGGAUUGAUGCAACUAUGCUUGGUGCGAUUGAGCGAUAUGUCAAGCAAGCGAUUGUUGACAAGAAUUGCAUGGUUGCCUCUUCCGCCCUGGUUGCUGGUGCACAUCUAAUGAAAGGAUCGCCAGACGUUGUGAGGAGAUGGGUGAACGAGGUGCAGGAAGCCUUACAUUCUCCUUCAGAAAUGGUGCAGUUUCACGCUCUAUCCUUACUCUAUGACAUAAAGCAACACGAUCGUCUUGCGAUCUCAAAGAUGGUUGCGCAAUUGACUCGAGGAACGAUUUCAAGCCCAUUAGCGACAUGCCUUCUCAUUCGGUACAUUACUACUAUCGUGCGAGGAUCCGAUGGUAAUGUACUCUCGAGUGCGACUGGACGGGCUGCUUAUCAAUUUCUUGAGUUGUCACUCCGGCAUCGCUCAGAGGCUGUCAUCUACGAGGCAGCGAAAGCACUGUGUUCGCUACCAGGCACCGAAGACCGUGAUAUCGGCCCAGCAAUUGCGGUGCUGCAGCUUUUCCUUUCCUCUCCGAAGCCUACACUUCGGCUUGCAGCCAUGCGAGCGCUCUCCAGUGUUGCGAUAUUUAAGCCAGCUGCGGUCAUUAAGUGCAACGACGAUAUGGAAUCCCUGAUAGCUGACGGUAAUCGCUCUAUUGCAACAUUUGCAAUAACAACAUUGCUCAAGACCGGCUCUGAAUCAUCUGUUGACCGACUAAUGAAACAAAUAUCAUCAUUCAUGAAUGAAAUUGCUGAUGAGUUCAAGAUUGUUGUUGUUACCGCUAUCCGUGAGCUUUGUCUGAAAUACCCUCUCAAGCAUCGCGUCCUUGUCGGUUUUCUUGCUAAUUUUUUACGUGAAGAGGGUGGCUUCGACUUCAAAAAGUCCAUCGUCGAUGCCAUUGUUGCCCUGAUGUGUGCCAUUCCGGAGACGAAAGAGUCAUCGUUGUUUCAUCUCUGCGAAUUCAUCGAAGACUGUGAGUUCACCGCACUGUCAACACAAAUAUUGCACCUCGUUGGGAUCCUAGGACCAACAACAGUAGCACCGGCACGUUACAUCCGAUUUGUGUACAAUCGCGUGAUCCUCGAAAAUGCAACCGUGCGUGCAGCUGCAGUCACAGCGCUCACAAAAUUCGCUGCGCAACUACCGGCGCUACGGGUAUCAGUGUCAGUACUCUUGCGACGUUCGCUGCGCGAUGAAGAUGAUGAGGUCCGAGAUCGUGCAACCUUCGCGCUGCGCUUGCUCGGUGAUUACUCAGUAGUAUCUCUUGCUGAAAAUGACAUUGAUGCAGAAACUGCUCUAUCACCUCUCGGCAAUGAGGGAGAUACCCUCCCGGAGAUUCGAUUGCUGGUAGAGCCACUACCAGUACCAUUUACACGCCUAGCGCGGUCACUGAAAAAGUUCGAAAUGGCUCAAGACCAAGAAAAUGCUGAUCUUGUUCUCAACUUUGAGACUCUACCUCAUGUAGAGGACCACAGCCCACCCACUCAAUUGCAGGCGACGGCCCAAUCCUCUGUCUGCCCAAACGGUGCCCUUUUGGACGAUUCGGCAGUUGAACUGUAUAAAAUUCCAGAACUUGCCGCGCUGGGCACCGUUUUUCGGUCCACGCUUCCGCUCGAGUUGACUGAAUCAGAGACGGAAUAUGUUGUGUCGUGUGUGAAGCACGUGAUGGAUGAGCACAUAGUCCUAGAAUUUGCCAUAACAAAUACUAUUGCCGACCAGCUACUAGUAGACACUAGUGUCAAGCUUGAGCCUGUAGAACCCAUUGAGACCUACAGCAUUGUAUCCUCCGUGGGCGCACCGUCUCUGCAUUGUGGUGCAACGGCUCGAUCUUGGAUUGUUUUGCGUUGUUGCCCUGGAUCUAGGAUGGGGGCCGCCGCCCAUUUCAUGGCCGAGCUCAAGUUCCGUGUUGUUGAGGUUGAUCCUGGAACAGGCGAGAUAGAAGGUGACGAAGAAGGUUUUCACGAGGAGUAUCCUUUGGAGGAUGUCGAAAUUUCAACAACUGAUUUUAUGGCGAAGGCCAGUAUCGGUGAAUUUCGUCAAGUCUGGGAAUCUAUUGAUAAGACUCAAGAAGUGCUCCAAAAGUUUUCGCUGCAGUUCAAAGAUAUGAAAGUAGCAAUUGCAGCUGUAAUUGCUUGCCUCGGAAUGCGGCCAGAGGAUCAUACAAACGAUGUGGAUGACGCAAGUUUAGGGAAACCGCACAUGCUUCAUCUUUCAGGGACAUUUGCAGGAAAUAUCUGUAUCUUGGUGCGAGCGCAGCUGCAUAUAGAGGAAAGAUUGGGGUGUAUUUUAAAGAUAGCAGUGCGGUCUUCUGACAUCGAGAUUUCUCAGCUCAUUGCUGAUUGUAUCAAAUAAACCUUGCGUCCACGCAUUUUUAGUGAUGGUCCAAUUUCACCAAUCAUUUGCCCUACAAAUGCUACAAACGCCAGCAGAAGUGCAAUCAAUGCACCCGAGCAGUUUCCCUGAACCAAUAACGCAAGUGUUGAGCACCAAGUAUUGGGCGCUGACUUUGCAUCUGGCCCGCUGAACCCGCUGCCCUCCAAUUGCACCGUAUACGGUGCGAGGGGGGAGAGCCGAACGCGGAGAUGUUGGCAAUUUCAACUACUGGCCUCCCCGGAACCCCUUACUUCUUGCCGCAUACGAAGAAUACCUUCAGCAGAAAUUUCCCGCGACCCCAUCAGCAAAAAAGCCGAUGCGCCAAAGUUGCGCAUGCUGCUAUGGCGCGGGCCACUCAAGCCGUCCGAGCCUCGACAACUGGCCUCGUGCCAGAGGACUUUACGAGCGCGGGAAAUUCGACGCGUUCUAGUUUGGGGGGCGCCCGGCCCCCCGGCGCCUGAGUAAAGCCCCCAGCCACCG